CUCUCGCCCUCUCUCUCAAAUUAUAAUGUUAAUCAGACGUUUCUCUCUCACAACAGCUGCCCUUGAUUCUAUUUUCCGCCACCAUCACCUCCGUCUCUUAACCACCGAGUCAAAUCAGCCGCUGCCUCCUCCGCCAUCUCCAGUUAAUCCAGACCAUCUUCUCCGAGUCUGUACCAUCCUUUACCAACAGCAGUACUCUGAAGACUCCAGACUUCACUCUAAACUCUCCUCUUGCGGUUUCCACAUUACCCACGAAUUCUUCCUCCAAGUCUGUAACAAAUUCCCAUACUCCUGGCGCCCCGUCUACCGCUUCUUUCAGUACAUACAGCAAACAGCUCACUCGCAAUUCGCUCACACCUCUGUCUCAUUCAACAAGAUGUUAGACGUUAUUGGUAAAUCAAGAAACCUUGAUCUCUUCUGGGACACGGUUCAAGAAAUGGGCAAUCUUGGUUUGGUUAAUGAUAAAACUUUUAUUAUUGUUUUGAAAACUCUGGCUGCGGCCAGGGAGUUGAAGAAAUGCGUGCAAUUUUUUCACUUGAUGAAUGGGUAUAGGUGUGAGUAUAGUGUGGAGAGGUUAAAUAAGGUGGUGGAGAGUUUGUGUAGAAGUAAGCUUGUUGAGGAGGCAAAAUUCGUGGUUAUGAAGUUGAAGGAAUGUAUUAAACCUAGUGGGGUUACUUAUGGCUUGUUGGUUAAGGGGUUCUGCGAUGUGGGUGAUAUGAUCGAGGCUUCAAAGCUGUGGAAUUUGAUGGUAGAUGAGGGUUUCGAGCCAGGGAUCGAUGUAUUUGAGAAAAUGAUGGAGACAUUUUUCAAGAGGAACGAGUAUGAUGAGGCUAUGAAGGUGUUCCAAACGAUGAGAGUGAAAAGAAUGGAUGAUUUGGGUCUUUCUACUUACAGGCUCGUAAUGGAUUGGAUGUGUAAAAGAGGCAAGAUUGCUCAAGCGAAGAUGAUGUUUGAUGAAAUGUCCAAGAGAGGGAUUGAAGCAGAUAAUUUGACAAUAGGCUCACUAAUUUAUGGCCUUUUAGCUAGAGGAAGGGUAAACGAAGCCUAUAUCGUAGCGGAGAGUAUCGACAGGCCAGAUAUCAGUGUGUACCAUGGGUUGAUUAAGGGACUACUAAGGCUGAGAAGAGCAAGUGAAGCUACGCAAGUGUUUAGAGAGAUGAUAAAGAGAGGGUGCGAACCUACAAUGCACACAUAUAUUAUGCUAUUGCAAGGGCAUCUGGGGAAGAGGGGAAGGAAGGGACGAGACCCACUUGUGAAUUUUGAUACCAUUUUUGUUGGAGGAUUGGUGAAGGCUGGGAAGUCAUUAGAAGCUACCAAGUACGUGGAGAGGACAAUGAAAGGAGGACUUGAAGUGCCUAGAUUUGAUUACAAUAAGUUUUUGCAUUAUCAUUCAAAUGAGGAAGGUGUAAUUAUGUUUGAAGAAAUAGGGAAGAAAUUGAGAGAGGCAGGGUUGGUCGAUUUGGCAGACAUAUUUGAGAGAUAUGGAAAGAAAAUGGCUACCAGGGAGAGGAGGAGAAAUGGUGAAGUUGAGCCCUGAAAAUGAGUUCUCGAAUGAGUUUCUUUUUUUUUUUAUCUUUUUUUUUUUUUUGGUGGAUUGUAUAUAAGAUGGGAUAUUGGCGGUUUAUUUGAACAUUAAAAUUUUUACAUGGGAAUAUAAGAAGGUGAUAGCUCAUUCAAUCA